GGAGAGCCUCGGCCACGCGCACGGCCGUGGAGAAGCCCACCACGCCCGCGCCCACCACUGCGACCUUCAGCUUCGCUCCUGUUAUCCUGGAACACAGAAGAACGGGAAUGAGAGAUCGAGCAAAAGUCCCUGCAAGCGGUCCGUUGAGGAAGAUGACACUGACGGCCUCGUCUUCCUCGCACAAGACGAGCAUCCUCAGCAAAUUGGCACGCCUCAGGAAGCGCGACGUGCUGUGUGACAUCACCCUGCUAGCGGAGGGCGAGCGCUUCCGGGCACACAAGGCCCUGCUGGCGGCGAGCAGCGACUACUUCUCGCAGCUCUUCACCACCGAUGACAUUGACGGCGAGGGCAGAGCCACCUACCGGCUGGACGGCGUGGCGGCGGCCACGUGCGGGAAGGUGCUGGAGUUCAUCUACAGCGCCCGAGUGUGCGUUGAGGAGGGCGCCGGCGAGCAGCUCCUAGCCGCCGCUCGGCUGCUGCAGGUGGGCGACCUCGUGGGGGCGCUGCAGAACACGCGGCGACGCAAGAGAGGGCGGGCCAAGAAGAGCCUGCUCGUCAGGAAGCGGAGGAAGAAGAGUCCCUCGUGUGACGACCACGCCGAAGAGCGGCGGGGAGUAGCACACGACGGAGAAGGAGGAGGGCAGCCCGGUCGCUCGGAAAGACGCAAGAUCACGCCGCCUGUCAAGUAUGAUGCCUAUAAGGUGGGCGGAGACGUGUCAGCUGGAGGAGGGGAAGGACGAGAGCUGGCAAGGAGGGGCAGGAAGAGGAAGUAUUCCGAAACUGAGGCCAGGUGCCACGACUGCGGCAAAGGGUUCAAAAACCAUCUCUUCCUGAAGAUCCACCAACGCACGCACGCAGGUGAGAAGCCAUUUUCCUGCCAGGUGUGCGGCGCAGCAUUCACGCAGAAGCACACGCUGCUGGUGCACCAGCGCAAGCACACGGGAGAAACGCCGUUUGUGUGCAGCGUGUGCUCCAAAGCCCUCGCCACCAAGCACAGCCUGCUCGAACACAUGAACCUCCACCAAGAAAACAAGUCGUUCUGCUGUGACAAAUGUGGAAAGAGCUUCACUCAGAAGAGGCAGCUGAAAAGUCAUUACAGAGUCCACACAGGCAAAUCGCUUCCAGAGUGUGCUCAGUGUCAGCGCAAGUUUUUGGAUACGGCCCAGUUGAAAAAGCACCUACGCACUCACACAGGUGAGAAGCCGUUCACGUGCGAGAUCUGCGGGAAGUGUUUUUCCGUCAAGAGCACCUUGCAGACGCACAUCCGCAUACACAGAGGCGAGAAGCCGUACACCUGCAACGUGUGCGACAAGUCCUUUUCGGACGGCAGCGCCCACCGCCGCCACGUGGCCUCCCACUCGGGCAGGAAGCCCUUCAACUGCUCGGCGUGCGGCCUCUCCUUCACGCGCCUCGACAACCUGAAGACUCACAUCAACACCCACAACAAGGAGAAGGUGUCACAACCGCAGCCGGAGGACCAACGCGGCGGCGGCCUGGAGGUCCAGAAAUAUGAGCUGGCAGCGGGCUCGGCGCAGGAGAUCCAGCUUCUGGUGACUGAGGACAACAUCAGCUUAGUUGCGGGUCAGGCGGAGGAGAUCGGCAUGGUCAUGCCUCAGAUCCAGACGUUCAGCACGCCGGAGGCUCAGGCCGCGCCGCGGGCCGAGCCCAUGCACGUCAUCACCCUGAGCAAGGAGGCCGCGGAGCACCUGCACGUGGCGAACAGGCCCGGCCAGCGGGCGGCGCAACAGCACGGCCAGGACGUCCACGCGAACCAGCCCGUCUCCAUCAACCAGACGGACGAGCAUAUCUCCAGCCGUCACAUCCACGGACACACCUUCCAGAUCCAGGCCGGGACCGUCUCCUGCCUGUACACCACCGCCGGACCGCCACCCUUACAGAGCUGAGCUGAACUUAGCUUAGCGCAGCAGCUCCCACAGAACCGCUUCCUGGUUUGCAGUGGGACUAAUCAGGGGCGAUUCUAGGACCAGAGGUUUUGGGGUGCUGGGAUUCAUUUUUGGGGUGCUUCAGCAUUGAUUUGUGGGAAAAAGAAUAUGACACUUAAGGCCCAACGCCAUGUGAUAUGUAAAACAACAUGGAAAAGAAAACACUGCGGUGUGGUAAAUUCUUCAGCCUUGAACCCACUCAAACGGCGGGAUGGCGAACUUUUGCCGAUAGCUCGGAAGUAAACAAACACACAGGUAAGCUAACGUUAACUGUCAGCUACCCCAGCUAAUCUGAUUUUGCCUUUCUGAGAUGAUUAUUUCUGGAAAGAGGUUUGAAAUCCUACUUAAAUUGUUUUUAUUUAACACAUUAACACGUAAUUAUGCCAAAUCAACUAAAUUAGCUAUUUUCUUUCACUCUGUACUGUUAGCAGCACUUGUAAACGAGCUUUACGCUCUCCAAGUCACAUGAAAACGUACGGCUUCUUUCAAAUGCUGCCAUCCAUUUCACACGACAAAAAAAUAUUAAACACAUUAACCUGACACCAAAGACAACCGAGUAACUAACACCAGACAUUUUUCAAUCGAUGAUAAUGUUAGCAUAUUCACUGCUAACUCUUAUUGUUAUAUAACUGUCAAAUGUAGUGAAAAGAAAAUUAAAGAGAGAUUGGUCUUGAA